AUGCCCUCCACUCGGAAGGGUGGAGGGGAUGCCCCAACGGGCAGCGCUGGCAAGCCGCCACGCAAGGAAAAGCGCCAGUUGGUUCGCUGGGAUCAGGACCUCGACACCCUCCUGCUCCUCACUGUCCAGUCGGCAUGCAACCUGACUGGCGUCAAAGUUCCCUGGGAGAAGGUAGCCCAGCUUAUGGGUCCAAAGUUCACCGAAGGAGCCAUUGUGCAGCACCUGUCAAAGCUGCGUAUCCGUCGUGAGGCCGCCGGCCAGCGCGUUCCUCCACCCCUGCGUCGCUCCGUGACUGCCGCUGCCGCUGCUGCUGGUGGUGGUAGAGCCCCCAAGGCGGGAAGACGAAAUGCUCGCAGACGCAAGGGCCGCUCUGGUGCUAUGGAUGAUGAGUUCUCGGAUGGCCUGGACGCCCAGGAAGAGGAGGAUUCCGAUCCAGAGUAUUUCCAGGGCAAGAAAAAGCGCAAGUCCGGACGUUAUUCGCUCCCCACCUCUAAGAAGUCCAAGAUGACCAUGGAUGAUGAUGACGAGGACGAUGAGGAUGCUCUGAUGUGCGGCGGGGCCCCAUUCCUUCAACACCUCCAGCCCGAACUUGACACUGACCAUGCCGAUAGCGACAGCGAUGACAGUGAUGAGGACUUUGACGAUGAGUUCGAUUCUGACUCCUACGACACCAAGAUCAAGGCUGAGCAAGUUACCCCGACUCCUCGUCCAUCUCGGGUUGUCAAGCUGCCUGUUAGUCUUCAAACCAAGGAUCAGCACGGCAUGAAGUCCAUCCGUAGCAUCGCCGACGCCACUCCUCUCCCUUCGACCACCAUGGCAGGAAACCGGAACCAGACCUUCGUGUCCAACGAUCCGGCUGUGAUGAGCAACAACCCUGUUCCGACGUAUGGAACUCAGGGCGCUUAUUACCCCAGUCAAAUGGGACCUGGCCAGGUCACCGGAAACCCGAUUCAGGCUGGACAGAAUCCAUUCUAUUGGCCUAUGCCUACCCCAGUUGUCGGUGGCCAAAUCCUUGCACCGGCGGAUUUCAGCUGGUCUCCACAUGCGCCUGGCUAUGCUACCGGACGAGGUGGUGGUCUUCGAGUCUCCGGUCCUCCUCCGCCAAGCUGGGACCCAGCUCCAACUACUGCUGAAGAUGCCCCAGGCCAGGCUAUGGACUCCAGCGCUCUAGGCCCCGACACUCUGGACCCCAACACUUGGUUCAUGGACGAGACUCUCUUCGUGAAGGAUGAUGAUGAUGAGGCUAAAGGUAGUCACAAUCAGCAUCCGGGUCAGGAGGAGUACUAA